CUUCCUCGUUUAGAGUAAAUAUUAUUAAUAUUACGCUCAACAUGACCAUGACUGAGUCUUUAAUAUGAUAUUAAAAUCAAGAUUUUUUGCUAAAUAAUUUAUUUAGUUUCUAAGUAUUAAAAUUACGCUAAUACGUUGUUGUGGGGAAGAUUAACUUAUUAUAAAGUUACUUAUAAAGCAAGCGCUUUAUAAGCUGAUGUAUUCUUAGUUCUACAAUUAGCACUCCAUUCGGUGACCGCAUAUCUAACAAUCCAAAUUGACUACAACUGGCGGUGACGAAUAUGAAGAAACCAUUUCCUUACGUCGCUGAAAUCUUUGAAAAAUUUGAAAAAUGUUUGGGUUUCCAGAAUCGCAUAAAAUGGUCAACUUCGACUGUCAUUAUCCUGUAUCAUGUAAUCGGCGUUUACUGGUGUUACUAUUACACGUUACCGGUUAAAGUGUCAACUGUAAUCUUUGCUGCAAUCACAUUCCUCUUCACUGGAUUGGGUCUCACAGGCGGCGCACACCGUUUGUGGACACACAAAGCGUACAAAGCAAAAUUACCUAUGAAACUGUUCCUUCUCAUGGGCUUCGCUACAAGCGGUCAAAAUUCCCUGUACCAAUGGGUUCGCGACCAUCGUGUCCACCACAAGUUCAGUGAUACAGAAGCAGAUCCACACAACGCCAACCGCGGCCUGUUCUUCUCACACAUCGGAUGGUUGAUGCUGAAGAAGAACGACCAAGUACUCAACGCCGGGAAACUCAUCGACAUGUCUGACAUUACUGACGACCCGUUACUCAGAUAUUUUAACAAAAAUUUCAUCUGUAUAAAAAUACUGUGUUGCUACAUCAUACCGUUCGUUAUUAAUGUCCAUCUAUUGGGAGAGAAUUGGCAAUGUGUGGUAGCGUGGCAGUUCUUCCUCCGCUUCCUCACCAUGUUCCACAAUGAGCUGACAGUCAACAGCCUUGCACACAUUUACGGAUAUAGGCCUUACAAUAAAAAUAUCGUACCCAAAGACAAUCGUUUCGUAGCAACCUUCACUCUGGGUGAAGGAUGGCACAACUACCACCACGUGUUCCCCUAUGACUACAAAGCGGCUGAGCACUUCGAUUUCUUCAACUGGUGUACAGCGUGCAUCCGUUUCUUCUAUAGAAUUGGCUGGGCAUACGAUCUGCGUGAAGCUACUCCUGAGAUGAUCAAUUCAGUUGCAGAUAGGCUAGGAGACGGGACACCAGUACACUGUCCGAUUAAGAAAUCAGUAAUCGAUAACAACCAAUAAGCAAUGCUCUACCAAAUAUACUGUCAUACUGAAGAAGCUUUUCAUUUUAAUAACUUAUUUAUAAAUUGGGAUUAAAUAAAUAUUAUAAAUACAUGCCUA